AUCCGAUUCGCACCGUAACAGUUCGCAACUGAAUAUUGAAAAAAACAUAUACUUUUAAAACUACGUAACGAACUUCAAAGCGACACGUGGGUGUGAAAAAAACGGAUUUAUAAAUAUCAGCUUCAGAUUGCAAAGUGUUUCUUAAGUAAUAGCAAAUCGGCUGAAAUAUACAUAGUUAAAUGAUGGCGCAGUGAAAUGAAUACCGAGGAAUGUCCGCAAUUGGUCCACCUGUGAGUCCUGCGAAUCCCGUGUGAGUGCUGUGAGUGCCCAGACGAUGGCGGUGAGCAGUUCAAUUAUGGAGACCGUCGCCAUUUUGGCCCUGCUGCUUGGCCUUUUCAUUCGAAGUGGCUACUGCAUAGACUGCUUCAAGUGCGUGUCCUACAACGGAGCGAAUAAGGCCUGCGACGAUCCCUUUCACAACAACUACUCAACGGCCAUCUUGGAGUCGCCAUGCAUGGGCGGCCGGAAGGGGCGUGACGGCCUAUUUCCGGCCACCGCCUGCAUCAAGAUCGCCGGCUACUACGAUGGAACUGGCGAGACGAUAACAGUGAGGGGUUGCGCCCUGGACAGCGGCACCCUGACCACCGACACAGAGAUUAUAAGAAUGUCGCACUGCGGAAAGUUCUACUACGAUGACAAGUACGUGCACGGCUGCCUGCAGAGCUGCAGCGAUGCGGAUGCGUGCAACUCGGCCAGGAGGCAGAGUGCGAGUCCCGCUGACCUGGAGUCGCUGAUGAGGCACCUGCUCAGCCUGGUGGUGUUCCUACUGGCUGCCAGCAGGUAGCACAGUGGGCAUCUGUAAGCCAAGUAUCCGGAGCAGGAGAGGCAGGCGGAUGCAGGAGAGGAUGGCUGCAUUUAAGUCGUCUUGGAUGCGCGUGGAAUUCGUUUUCUUUUCCUUCGAAACUCUCUGUGUCUAGGAUCGCAAUCGCACCCAAAUGUAAACGCACUCGAGCAGCUGCAGCAAGGACACGCUCGGUAAAACACACACACACACACACUCUCUCUUUUACACACAAUAACAUUAUGGAAUUCAUCAAGCAAUUAUGUGAUUUUUAAGCGAAUACUUAACAACUAUCAAACAAUAAUUGAUGAACGCGAACGGAACGGAAACGGAAACUAUUUAGAUGCUAAGCAUUCGAGUGGCGAAAAUCAAAGAAAGAAACACUGCAAACCAAAUUCAAAUUCUAAUUCUAAUUGCAAUUAUUUUUAGCUCCUAAGAAGGAAUCUAGACUUUAAACGCUGUCGCUUAGUGAAAGGCAGGAAUGGUUUACGAUUUAUAUACGAUGUGUUUUACCUUGGCAUAAGUAAGCAUUUUUCACCUCUCUAGAUGAGUAUUGUACAUAUACAAAAACAAUUUACCUAUUUGUUAAACGAGUGCUGAAUUUUGGGCAGAUUAUAAAUAGUUGUGUAAUUCGAUAAGUGAGUAAAAUUAGCAAC